AUGAAGACCGCUGUUUUCGGUCUGGCGUUUGCCUUCAUAAGCACUGCAUUCUCCCAGGAGAUCUUCCGGUGCGGUUGCGCCGACGCCAACGACGGGCUCAUCAGUGGCGUCGAGGACUUGUGUGCCUCAAAAGGCGGAGAAGCGCAGGCGAGUCACCUGUGCAUCAAGUUGCCGUCAAGGUUCACGGACGAAGAGUGCAUCGCGGUUCAGGCGGGAGCCAAGGGCAAAUGCAUAGUCGAUACCAUCCCCAACCAGACGGGGUCAACCAUCAGGGCCACUGUCAUGCUUGCAUCCCAGACAUCCGCGGUUGCAUAA